AUGUCAUUCUUCGACAAGUUCCGUUCAUCCCCAACUCAUCCCCUGAACGAGGAUCUUCUCCUGCAAACAGCCAUUGAGAAAGAGGAUGGGGAAAUCAUCAAGAGUUCGGCUCCGAUGAGUGCCCUAGGAAUAGAAGAGUACCCGUCCAGUUCGGAGAUCCGCUCCCCAUCCGAUCCGAAGGCAGCGACCCCAGAGUUCGACUUGACACAAGUCUCGGAGGUCAAGGAUUUCCAGACCUUGACUUGUUUGGAGGUCUCCAGUAGAUUCAAUUUGACCACUGGUGCCGAGAAAAGCGUGAAGGCUGCUGAAAAACCGCUGAUUGAGGUAGGUUUUGGAUACAUUAGCGCUUGGCUGAAAGCGGAGAUCAAUAGACCGAAAAUUUUGUAUUACAGUUGACUUCAUUAUUGUAAAAAAAGGGAUUUUAUGUCAAUUUCAAUCCACAGAUCUCGAUGAAAAUCAACGUAGAUGAAAUCUAGAGCUUGCUAAAGCAUAUCCUUGAAUUUGAAAUUGCGUUAUACAGUAUUUACUGACAUUUUUUUGUCGAAAUUUGAAAAAAUAUUUUUAUAAAUAAAAAAUUUUUGGUAUUGAUUAACUGAAAAUACGGGGCUUACAUAACAAAUUAUAGCCUGUUUUCAUUGUUUUAUGAUCUUUGUUACCUUCCUGCAGAUCAAGUGCGUUUACCGUGACCUUAAUGUUGAGGAUGAGCCCUAUUUCCACGGAUUGGUCCGAUCGAUUGAUACGGUGGUCAUGCUGACUCAAGAAAAGUCUUUUCUCGUUCAUCAAACUGCCUAUUCGGGAGUUCAAGUAGGGUAAAAUACGUGAUCCGGUAAACGACUUCAGUACUACGUUUUGUCCCAUCGAUGGAUGCACAAAAUCCAUCAUCGGAUCAUCGGCAAAUGCCAAGAUGCGAAUGACUGGUUCAUCAAUGAGCAUUGUGCACCGGUAAGAACCUUCUGAUAUUCUCUAUAUUCAUAUUAGACCUAAAAAAGGCUGAGGGAAAGACUUGACUCAAACAAUACAAUCGGGGUCAAGUGUUUCUCUCUGCAGUGUGAUGUAGAUUUAUAUGUGAAAUUGAUAAUAAAACACUUUUAGAACAUCGUAGAGCUGAUUGACUAUCAUUGUGCGAAGAAAAUCCCGGUGAAUGAGGAGGGCGCGAUCAUAAAAUACGCAGUCCCUCGAAGGGAUUGGUCGCUCAAUGUGGAGCAGCUAAUGCUCGGAAAAGCGAUUGGAAAAGGAGAAUUUGGGCUCAUCUACAAGGCCAAGAUCCGUCGACUCUUCAGACCGGACAAGAAAGCCGUGGUCAAAGUUUUGCUAAAUGCCGACAAGAUUGAUCGAUUUGAAAAGUAACGCGAAUUUGAUGACUAAAACAACACAAAGAAUUUGAUUUUUGUGGACAGGAAUAUAUUCGGCGUAUUUUAGAGCCCGUUUGUUUUGCGAAGCCCAGUUGAUGAUGAGUUUGCGACACAAAAAUGUCCUCCGAAUUUACGGGAUCUGUGCUCAUGGAGAAGAUUUGAUAUUGGCACUGGAAAGAGCAUCCAGUAAGUGCGGUGAUAUAGGCUCAUUUUGCUUAAGAUGGCUCGCUGUUGUCGUAUCUGCAGGCCAAACAUCCGAGUUCCAAGCAAAAACUCAAAUUUUGUCGGCAUUUGGCCAGUGGAAUGGCCUAUUUGAGCAAAGAAGGGGUAUGCUUUAGAUUCCAAAUUUUUUCCUCAAGCUGUCUAGAGCUUAUAUCAGACAUUUUCCGAUAUUACACCGCGAUUUGGCCGCACGAAAUUGCCUGGUGAGCAAAUCCGGGAAUCUGAAGGUCGCUGAUUUUGGACUCUCGACUUCUGGCCUGGAGGCAUUCAAACUCAAAGAGAAGAAAGUCCCGAUUAGGUAGGUCCAAAGUGCCUUACUUAUCUGUAUUUUAGAUGGCUAGCUCCAGAAGUUCUUCUCCAUAACACAUUCAGCGGUAAAUCGGAUAGUUGGAGCUUCGGAGUUGUGCUGUUCGAGAUUUGGUCGGAUGGCCAACGGCCAUACGAUGAGAUCCGGGAUAAGAAACUGGUCCGGAAGAUGGUCAUUGAUGGUUAUCGGCUAACCCCGCCGGAAGGUAACGGUUUUUUCGCUCAUUUUCCGAUGGGGAAAGACUUGACACAGCGGGUCGAGUCUUCUUCUCAGAGGCGCCGAACGGGCUGAGAACUUGUUAGAACAGUACAUGGAUCGUUUGAAAGAUGUCGGUGUCAAUUUUUAUGAUUUUGUAAUCAAUUUGCUCUUUGAGGGAAAGGGUUGACCCACGGGUCAAGUGUUCCUCUGACUUUUUGAUUUCAGGAAUGCCCGGAUUUUAUGCUGAUGUAAUGGCUGCAUGCUUCCACACCGACCCGAUCCAACGCUGUUCCUUGAUUCAGAUCGAAAGAGCCGUCAAAAAUGACGAUUUGAACUGGCUGGUGGCCGAAAUCUCAAACGAAGGCAAGGGAAGCCCCCAAACACUUGAUGAAUAUUUUUCAUUGUAG